UAAACGACAGCGUUUCUUGUAAUAUUGUAUUUUAUUUUGCACCCAGACUAGUGGCAACAGUGCAAACUCACAUCACAUAUAAUCGAAUCAGAAGCCACCGGUCUCCGUCUCAAUCUCAAUCCCAAAUUCGACCAAAAGAAUCAAAGCUCGCAUCGAACGACGAUGCCGUUUCGGUCAGUAUUCGACGCCGGAGCGAUUAGGUCGGAGUUUGAAAAUGCGGGUCUGAACUCAAAAUUCAUCCCUCUUAUAUGGAAGUACGUGGUUCAGAACCCCGACUGCGACGACUUUGAACCACUCCCUUCCUUACCCUCCGCCGCAUACCUUCUUCUCCGCUCCAAGUUCAAGCCCCUCACCUCCACUCUCCACUCCGCUUCUGAUUCCUCCGACGGCGUCACUACCAAGCUUCUUAUCAAGCUUCAGAAUGGAGCUCUCGUGGAGGCGGUUAUAAUGAGGUACGACACUCGUUUGGGGAAAUACGCUGGGAAGCCACGACCUGGUGGUCUCAGAUCAACAUUAUGCAUAUCAUCUCAGGUUGGCUGCAAGAUGGGUUGCAAAUUUUGUGCUACUGGGAGCAUGGGAUUCAAGAGCCAACUUUCUUCAGGGGAAAUUGUGGAGCAGUUGGUUCAUGCCUCUCGCUUUUCGCCUAUACGAAAUGUUGUUUUCAUGGGAAUGGGGGAGCCGCUAAAUAACUAUACUGCUUUGGUGGAAGCAAUUCAUGUCAUGACAGGCUCUCCCUUUCAGUUGUCUCCAAAAAGAAUAACUAUUUCAACGGUUGGUAUAGUUCAUGCGAUCAACAAACUUUAUAGUGAUCUUCCUGGUCUAAACUUAGCAGUUUCGCUGCAUGCACCAGUUCAAGAUAUUCGUUGCCAGAUAAUGCCUGCAGCUCGUGCAUUUCCUUUGGUAAAACUUAUGGAUUCUCUGCAACAGUAUCAAAAAAUUAGUAAACAAAAAAUCUUAAUAGAGUACAUAAUGCUUGACGGGAUAAACGAUGAAGGGCAACACGCACAUCAGCUUGGGAAAUUGUUAGAGACACUUGAAGUGGUUGUGAAUUUAAUACCUUUCAACCCAAUUGGCUCACUAAGUCAGUUCAACACCAGUAGCGAAGAGAGUGUAUCCGAAUUUCAGCAAAUAUUAAGAGGUACCUACAACAUCCGAACAACAAUUCGUAAGCAAAUGGGUCAAGAUAUAAGUGGGGCUUGUGGUCAGCUGGUGGUGGAUCAAUCUAAAAGAAGGCCUAACGAGAAUCUGCCCCUAAUAGACAUAGAGGAUCUUCACAUCAGAUAGGUCUUUCUUUCCUUGGCGAAGCAUUAUAUCAUGUCAAAUUCUGGUCAAGUACUGAAAAUUUUCAUUCAACUAAAGUUACUAAAUAGGAAUGUUCUCUUUAUCAUGUCAUUCAAUAUUUAUGUAUAGUUGUUUGCGGUCUAAUAACAGUAAAAUUUUGCCCUGGUAUUUCAGGAAUGUAAUAUUCAAUAUUAAAACUCUUUUCUAAGCUUCGAAAA